AUGACAAGUCUAGCUUUAUAUACCUUCAAACAAUUAGAAAAGGGAGCCAUAUCAGAUGAUUUAGAUGAUUCACCAGAUACACCGGUAGCAGGUGACGACCCUUUGGAAGACUCCAAUCCCGUCGAGAAUGAAAUAUUUUCCUCUUGGGCAUUAUUCAUCUUGUUGUUGUUAUUGAUGUUAGCCCUAUGGUCUUCCUAUUUCCUACAACAGAGAAGAAUUAAGGCUAUUCAUGAGACUGUAUUGUCAAUCUUUUGUGGUAUGAUUGUCGGAUUAAUCAUCAGACUUAGUCCUGGGCAUUACAUACAAGAUGCCGUCAAAUUCAAUCCGGGAUACUUUUUCAAUAUAUUGUUGCCCCCGAUCAUCCUAAACAGUGGUUAUGAACUACAUCAGGCAAACUUUUUUAGAAAUAUUGGUAGUAUUUUAACAUUUGCCAUACCGGGGACGUUUAUAUCAGCUUUGGUUGUUGGAAUAAUUGUGUACAUAUGGACCUCCAUCGGAUUGGAUAGUGUCAAGUUAGAGUUCGUUGACGCAUUGGCUGUGGGAGCUACACUAUCUGCUACGGAUCCAGUAACCAUUUUAUCCAUAUUCAAUGCUUACAAAGUUGAUCCAAAGUUGUACACAAUCAUCUUUGGGGAAUCUUUGUUAAAUGAUGCUAUUUCCAUCGUCAUGUUUGAAACUUGUCAAAAAUUCCAUGGACAACCCGUCAAAUUUUCAUCAUUCUUUGAAGGUAUCGGCUUGUUCUUGAUGACAUUUACCAUUUCCACCAUUAUUGGAAUAGCAAUUGGUAUACUAGUGGCAUUGAUUUUAAAACAUUCACAUGUGAGGAGGUAUCCCCAAAUCGAAACAUGUUUGGUCUUGUUGUUUGCCUACCAGUCAUACUUUUUCUCCAAUGGAGCACACAUGUCGGGAAUUGUAUCUUUGCUAUUCUGCGGUAUUACAUUGAAACAUUAUGCUUAUUAUAACAUGUCAAGACGUACUCAAAUUGCGACAAAAUACAUUUUCCAAUUACUAGCACAAUUGUCGGAGAACUUUAUAUUCAUCUAUCUUGGAUUAUCAUUAUUCACCGAAGUUGAGCUUGUUUUCAAACCAUUGUUGAUUAUUGUCGCAUUCAUAUCCAUCUGUGUUGCUAGAUGGUCAGCUGUGUUUCCAUUAUCAAGAUUCCUCAACUUUUUAUACCGUGCAAGGCUUGAAAAAUACAGUGGCAUUUCAAACAUGAACUCCAAUGGCAGCUUGUCAUUGAAUGUUCCUGAUGAAAUUAGCCACUCAUACCAAAUGAUGAUUUUCUGGGCUGGUUUGAGAGGAGCAGUUGGCGUUGCUUUGGCUAUGGGUUUUGGUGGUGAUGCCAAAUGGACUCUACUCGCAACGGUGUUGGUUGUUGUUGUGCUAACUGUGAUCCUAUUUGGUGGUACAACUGCAUCCAUGUUAGAGAUUUUGGGUAUCAAGACAGGGUGCAUUGAUGAGACGGCGGAUUCGGAUGACGAAUUCGAUAUUGAAGCUCCCAGAUUCCCACUUCAGCCAAAUCUUACGUCACAGCAAGUCGUUCUCGGAAAUAGAAGAUUUAUGAAAUCGCAACCGAAAGUUGCUCCAUUCAAAGACAGCACCUCCAACAACUCCUCGGCGGUCAAUUUACUCGACAACGAGUCAAAUCCUAAUAUAAUCAAUGGUGGUGACGACGAAGAGGAGUUGAUUGGCAGCGAUGUUGAUGAAUUUAGAUCAGAUUCCUUAUCAUCACCAACAUUCAACAAUACAAAUAUCAACGGAGACAGAGGGGUGCUAGGAGCUAUUCUCAGCGCAGAGGAACAUGCUAGAUGGUUCACUAGAUUCGAUGAAGAGGUUUUAAAACCAGUUUUAUUAGACACAGUACCUGGUAUUCAAUCCAGUGCCAGCAACAGUAGUACCAAUUUAAGUGGAAGUAGAAGAGAUUGA